AUGAGACUAGAAGGCACUGAAGCCACAGCGGGAAUCACCAUGCCCCCUACCAUCCAAUCCAUGGCCCCUAAACGAGGCGGCCAGUGCCAGAGAGGGGACAUGCUUCUAGCCUCCUGCGCGCCGGUUCCCAGCACCCCCGAUGGCUGCCCGCGGGACCAAGCCCCCCGAUGCCUGCGCGCCUACGCGGGCCUCGUGGGCACCGCCGUUACCCCCAACUACGUUGACAACGUGAGUGCGCGCGUGGCGCCCUGGUGCCACUGUGGAGUCAGCGGAAACCGGAGGGAAGAGUGCGAAGCUUUCCGGGGGCUCUUCACAAGGAACCACUGCUUGGAUGAUGCCAUACAGGCCUUUGACAGCGUGUGGCCUCUAGUCCUGCAGGAUCAGCCGAACUCCCUCCAGGACCUUGAGCACAGCCUCUUGCAGGUGUCCUCAGCAGACAGGCCCCUGGAGAGGUGCUCCCUGCUCACCUUGCUCCUUGUCCUGGCUCUCCAGCCUCAGCUCUGA